AUGAAGUAUAUACGGAGCAACAGCUUGAAGAGGCUUUUCUCGUUUGGAAAACGCGGGUUUGGGGAAGAAAACAAUGUUGGGUUGGUGGCUCCUUCAUGUGAAGAGCACCCUCUAAGACCCUCUUGGAAAUGCUUCUCCUUUGAAGAGUUGUUCGAUGCCACCAAUGGUUUUAGCUCAGGGAAUUUGGUUGGGAGAGGAGGGUAUGCAGAGGUUUAUAAGGGAACGUUGCGUGGUGGUGAGGAAGUUGCGGUGAAGAGGCUCACCAGAACUUCAACUGAUGAGAGAAAGGAGAAGGAGUUUCUGAUAGAGAUUGGCACAAUUGGUCACGCGCGCCAUGCCAACGUGUUGCCUCUUCUGGGGUGUUGCAUUGACAAUGGACUUUACCUCGUUUUUGAGCUAUCCACCGUCGGUUCUGUUGCUUCUGUUAUUCAUGAUCUGUUGGCUUCUGUUGCUGUAUACGUCAUGAAAAAGAAAAAGGAGGCUCUAUCAUUCCCUGUUUAUACGAGACAGCGCAUUUAG